GCAGCCGCGGCGAGCUCGCCUGGGCCGCAGCGGGGCGAGGGGGCGCACGGGGCGUUGGCAUCUGGGCGCGCGCGUGCGUCGCCGGCUUGGACGCGGCCAUUCAACAGCUGGCCUCGCGGGCCACAGUCGCGGAGAGCGAUCGAGAGCGUUGGCGGUUGCGACUGCGGCGGCCGGGAAGAGGCGGCGGCGGCGGUCCCGUUACCUCAGCGGAGACCCGAGCGGAGGCGCAGCGGCCCCUCAGGCUCCGGACUCCGAUCUUCGAGGGCGACUUCUUGCUGUAGCCCCCAAAGUGUCUCAAACGGAAUCGUCACUUGGUUUCCGGGGGCUACCAUGACGGUCACCGUGGUGUAUGAUAACUCUGAGGCCACAGAGCUCUGUGCAGCUCAGCACCUCUACCUCAAGCCCAUAGCAAAACUGAUGAUCAAUGUAUUGCUCCCAGAGAGCUCAGAACCCAUGAGACCCUUCUCCAACUGGGAAGUUCUCGACCAGCUUAAGAGCCUAAUUUGCCCUGAUCAGUUCACCACAGUCCGGCUCUCUAAGAGUACCAAGGACUUCAUCCGGUUCGAGGGGGAGGCCGAAACGCGAAGUCUGGUUCAGAUCUUGAAGGCAAAGUUACAUGGAAAGAUCAUCAAGCUAAACGGUUUGAAAACAGACUUAAAAGUAGUGGCUACGGACGCCCAGGGAGAGUGGGAGCGCUUCCCCAGGGAGAAGGAGGCCUCAUCGAGUGAUGGGGCUGAAGAGCAGGACCAGGAUAAGAGCCCCGACUCUAUAUAUUUUGAAGGCUUGCCCUGCAAGUGGUUUGCACCUAAAGGCUCCAGCGGGGAGAAGCCCUGUGAAGAGAUCCUCCGGGUGGUCUUUGAAAGCUUUGGAAAGAUCAAGAAUGUGGACAUCCCUAUGCUAGACCCCUACCGAGAAGUGACGACUGGUGGGAACUUCGGGGGCUUCGGCUUCGGCUUGCAGACGUUUGAGGCCUUUAUACAGUACCAGGAGUCGACGGACUUUGUAAAAGCCAUGGAGUCCCUUCGAGGUAUGAAGCUAAUGCUCAAAGGAGAUGAUGGGAAAGCUCUGGCCUGUAACAUCAAGGUUAUGUUUGAUAGGACCAAACAUUUCAGCGAAGGAGCCAUAAGGAGGAGAAAUCAAGAAAGGCUAAAAUUACAAGAACUAGAGGAAGAAAGGAAAAAAGAAAAGAGGAGAGACGAGGAAGAGGCUGCGAGGAAAAGAAAAGAGGAGGAGAGGAGAGCCCAGGAAAAGAGGAGGAGGGCCAGGGUCAGGCGGCGAGCCCUGAAGGAAAGAGACAGACACCGGCAAAGGAAACAGAAGGAGCCAGCCACAGCUGAAGCUGCGCGUGAGCCCGACUCUUGGGAAGAGUGGGAGGAGAGGAAGUGCCUGCUGGCUCAGAGGAGGGGGGAGGCCCUUCGGUUGCUACGCGUCCUCUUGAGGAAAAUUGCAGAACCCACCCAGUUUAACCCACAGGGGGUAGACGAUCCAAGCCCCAGAGCGAACCACACUCCAGCGAACAUGUUGGAAACUCUGAAGAAAGAAGAGCCAUACAGCCAGUACCUUCAGAACCAAGAAGAAAUGCCAAAAUAUCAGGUUGCCAAGUUACACGAUAAACAAAAACAAAAAAUGAAGAAAAUAAAUAGGGCUCACUUACAUCAAUCUCCCCACGACCUCAGGAGAAAAGAAAUAAGCUCUUCAGCUAGAGGAGCAAGAGCUGGAAAAUCAUUAGCCGAUGGAUACAAUGAGAGUUUGGUCUCUGACCAGAGUUUUCUGCAGAAUGCACCAGUCCAAGGUCAGCCUCUUGAGAAAGAAGACCGCAGCAAUUCUCAUAAAUCCAAUUCCUCCAGAUUGUUUGAGCGAGGGCGUGCCAGGAAACAGAAGAUCUAUGAAACAGAUGAAUUUAUUGAUUACAUGUUAAACUGCUAUCAACCUCCAAACUAUGCCCGUAUCUGCCUAGAACCAAGUGGCCCAGAAAGCACGCGUGAGUGGCAGAGGGCUGUCCAUGCUAAGGGAAAUGGAUUUCGAGUCACUUUGAGAAAACGUAACUAUCACUCCCCCAGCCUGAGCCCAGUGCAAACCCUGGCAACCAGACGACAGGCUCAAAAAGAUGAUGGCUGCUCAGAGAUUUGUACUCGGGGUCCUGAGCAUAAACCACAAAAGAGAGGAAGAGUGGAUUAUGCCAAAGAAAGUCGCAAGGAGUUAAAUCAUUCCAAGGACACAGCCAGUGAGGCUGGUGGUCAUUUGUCCCCAACUGAUGCAAUGAGCCAUCUGUCGGAAGAGAUUUAUGCUUACGAGGUCAGAUUUUCCAAAUCCACCAGUCAAAGCCAGGAUUCCUCACCCAACAGGUCAGCAGACUUAGAAAUGGAGUUGACCGAUUUCUUAGAGGAAAUUAGUAGUGAUUCUGAAUGCUUCAGUGAAAUCCUUAGCAUAAAGAAAGAAGACAAUGAGAAAUCUGUGACUACAUAUCAUGGCUCCCCAGAAAAAAGAUCUCUUGAUGCUGCUGAAAUUAUCACUAGCGAUCAAGAAGUUAGGUCAAAUCCGCAGACCUGGUGGUGUUCAGAGUGGAACCACAAGGGUGAGGAACGCUACUCUAAACAUGAGCCUUGGAAACCAGUCAAGAGGUCCAGGUAUGAGUUGACAGGCUCAUGGCUUGAAGGUGAAAAUGCUUCCAUGAGAGGUGAGAAGAAGAACAGCCAAAACAGGGAAACACUGGCCCCCAAAUAUUUGUUUGAUAAAGGCAACUACCGUGGAUCCAGCCCCAGUGAUCUGUUAGACGACAUGGUAAGAAAGAGGAAGAGGUUCGAUGAUAGCACAUUCGGCCAGAACGUGAACUAUAGGCCCCCUCGUGUGCCAAUAACAUCAUCAAACAGCGCCGAUGUUUUCUACUUGAGGGGUUCCCCCCGAAGAAGAGAGACCCCCUGGAGGCCAGACUACAACCAGGAGGCGAGAAGGUGCAAAAGAUAUGAGAAUUCUAAAGAUUCCAGGCUGAAUUCUGAUAAUUAUUAUAUGAUACGUAACAGUCAGGAGCACGCGGACUAUGAAAGCUAUUCACAAAAUGGCUACACUAGUCCUCUGUAUUAUCAAAUGUUUUGAAGUUCUUUCAGUUCAGAAAACGCUCUCAUUCGCAGCAAACAAAUUGCAAGAAGAAAAUUUAAAACCAAAUAUAGCAAUGUAGUUGGCAACUACAGAGCAAGAGAGCGACACUUAAAAGCUUGAGCAAGGUCAAAUGCAAAAACCUUGUUUCUCUUGCCAAAGUAUAAAGCAUAAAUGACUGCCAGUGUGCUGGCAAACUUUAGAAACAAAAAACAUCCAUAUUCUGAAGGUUGGUAAAACAGUGUGCCCGCAAAACUUCCUGAUCCGAGGACAGACAUUUCUACAGUUCAGCCGCGACUUUAACUGGGUGCCAGCGAGGGAGCAAAUGAACGUUGAGAGGAGUUGAGAUGGCCCUCUGUGGCUCUUUAGCUGUUCUAACAGCAUCAUUUAGUGUCAUUUAUCUUCAAAAGGGACAACAGCGAAUGAAACAAGGUCUUUUUAUACCUUCUUAGCCUUGGUCCGAAACACCACGUGCAGCGACGAAACUUUCCUGACUUUUAUCCAGAAACGGCUGUAGGUAACAGAAGGGAUGACAGCAAGGACAUACCAGAGACUCCUUCACGACAUCGGAAGGUUACGUGACCACCUACCAGAGGGAAAUUAAUCUUUUAAAUAUGUUCAUAGUACUCAAAGAGUUGUCCUUUUAGAAACAAAAUUUGGAAGACGAAACUAAAAGGGGCUCGGAUUGUCCCUUGACGUUUAAACGGAUGGUGGACCAUUUGCAGAGUUUUGUUUUGUUCUUUCUUUUUUGUUUUUGUGUGUGUUUUUUUUUUGAAGAACCCCACGUCAUUCCAUCCUAGAGAAGCAAGAGAAUGGAAGUAAAAGAACCAGUGGGAUUUGCAAAAGGAAAUGCCAAAAGAUCCUGGGCCACCGAUACCAGCACUUUGGGAGGACAGGAUGUGGCAGUAUUUCAUUUCAGGUUAUGUAAUCCUUUCACUCAGGGUUGGGUGACAUCAGUUUGUAAAAAGCCGCUGACUAUCCCCAAACUGACUUUUGAUAACACGUUAACAAGUGCCUCCCCAAUCCUCAAUAACGCCAUGGAGUUAGGAGUCGAGGGCAAAGCCCUAGUUUUCUAGCUGGGGAAAAAUGGUAUGUGUGAAGGCUUUGUAAACUCGUAACAUAAGCAGUUUCUCUUUUUACCUACUGGUUUUGGACUUCUUGACUAUGUUUUUAAAUUGAGAUAUUUUAUAGAUUCUUAAAGACUUACAUCUUAACGCAGUGCAUGUUCUAUUAAAAGCUCGGCUGAUUCAUUCCGCCUUAUAUUGGAUUUAGGACCCUCAGGGGCAGUAGAUGACCUUGUUUUUCCCACCCCCAGCCAAGCUAUCCCUGACUCGGCAGUUGAAGACAUCAAUGAGAUCAGACUGGCUGGCAGGACGAGAGGGUGAUUUUCAUUCACAGAAGUAGUGGAAGGCAACAUCUCCCUGUGACAUGAUUCAUUUCAGUCUUAACUUGAUAUUCUGUGGAAAAGUACCAGCCGGUAGAGCCAAGGUGGAAUGCCAGUCAGUGUGGUUGCCCUGAGUGACGAGGCACGUUACGUGCUCAUAACCAGCCAGCCACUCGAGCAACCUGAUCUCUAAAGGGGCCACAAGAUCUUCUAAGUUACUGGAAGUAAGAACCACACGUUGUUUCAUUGAUCUCUUCUCUUCCCAUUUAAGAGGGCUACGCUAGUACGUGCAAAAGUUUACAAGUAAUGUAGCGGAUUGUGUUUAUCAUUAAGGAGAUGAUAACCAACGGACGGCUUGUUGGUUCUCUUGUAUUCGGUUCCACUUUCAACCUAGUGACUCUGCCGUUAAAACUAGGUUUGGCUUGUCAAAUCUGAAAAAUCGUUUCGCGGGGUGAGUGCCUUUUCUCCUCUGAAGACUAGCAGUGACUAUUAACGUUCAAAGUACUGUUGUCCAGAGUAGCCUUUUAAAGUGCUAAGAGCUUGUAUUUUGUCAGACAGCUUUUGGUAACUAGGUGUUUUUCUCCUCCUCUGCCUCCUUCUUUUUUCAUGCUCCAUGCCAUUGAAACCAAGAACACUAUGGGUUCGUAAUGGAAAGCAGUUAUGGUUGUUUGGAAAACAAAUCUUCAUUUCUGCUGUCACUAGAUAAUUUUUCUUUGCAGAGAUUUUGGGGCAUGAAAACAAUUUGCUGCUCAGUAACCAGGCAUAAAAAAUAAAUUGCAGAAUACAGCAUGUGCAAUUUUUUUUUUUUUUUUGGUUUUUUUUGGUUUAAUAGAACCGGUGCUAAGUCACUUCUAUCUAAUAUUUUUGUCUGGUUUUGUUUGUUUGCUAAAUACCAUCCUGGGACCUAGAAGUUAGUAAAAAUACUGAUUUCAUGUUUACUUUCUGUACCACCUUCAAUUUUUAUAUGUCUUAUAGUAAUGAGUUUUAGAUUUAAAUAAACUUCUUGUGUGUGUGUGUGUGUGUGUGUGCGCGCAUAGGCCUUAAAUAAGGAAGAGAACAAUUUAUCCUAUACUUUUCAAUGGAGUGAGUGGCUUAGUAAGGAAUGAGAUAGAACCGAAAAUAUUGUGAUCACUUUCUAUUAGUUCUAGUUACUUAGUUAGUCUUUGUUGUGCUGUUAUUUAAGUGGUGCAAGAGUUUUUUCUCACAUCUUUUUUCUAUGUCUUAUUAAGUAAGUAAGGGCCUGAACUUUAAAUUUUGUCUUUUUAGACAGACAUCUCCAUGUUUUUCCUCAUAUGUGCUGAUAGUGCUUUAUGAAAACUAAAAACCUGUCAAUGUAUUUUUGUUCAAUUUGUUUGAAUUUCUCAGGUAGAAAGCCAUGUAACCUGGUAAUUUUGAAAGUAAGAACCAAAUAAAUGCAUUUUUUGUGUGGCAAAGACUGUUUAGAAUGUGAACUCUUAAACGCUAAUAAUUUCACCGGGGCGGGGUGAGUUUCUACUUGUAGGAUGCCGCUUUGCACUAAUGUUGUCGAUCCUCAUUUGCAUUGUUAGAGAAAUAAUACAUAUUUAAUUUUCAGAUAUAUUAAAAAUAAAAUGGUCA